AUGGGUGGAGAAAGAAGCAGUGCCUUGGCCGCGGCUUUGGUGAUGAUGGUGGUGGCCGCGGCCACGACUGCUGAAGCCAAGGUGUAUCAUUUGACUUGGUCGUUACCCGCAGAUUCAGAGUUUAAUGUGACAUACGGUGACAUAGUUGUGUUCAGGUUCGACGCUAUCUUACUCAAUUUGAUGAAAGUUGAUAAGUGGAGUUUUAAGUAUUGCAAGAUGCAUAAAGCAACGGCGAUUGUUAUACAGAAACGUACUAAUCAGGCCCCACAUGUUGCAGUUGGGCCAGAAAUCCUACAACCUGGGUCUCACUACUUCGUCUGCGGUGUUACAAACCUUUGCGAUUUGGGAAUGAAGACUCAAAUCAAUGUCAACUGA